UUUAACGAUAGUGUCAAAAGGAGCAAGUGGGAGUGGGGUAUCUUCCUGUUCCAGAAGUCCCAUCACGACAGCUGCACUCUCUCUCUCUCUCUCUCUCCAGUCCUAGUCCCUACCCAUUGCCGUUAGAUUAGCCCAUUGGUGCCUCUUUAUCAUUCUGCUGCUGCCGCCAGCUCACUUUAUCUCUCUUCUUUUUUGAUGCGUCUUCCCAACAAUUUGAGUCUUCGCCGAAGGAGGAGGAGGAGAAGACAAUGCCUGAGGGUGCGUUUUUGAACGAUGAGCUCUCAAAACAUACCUCAAUUUUUGGUCUGCGCUUGUGGGUAGUUGUGGGCAUAUGUGUGGGGGCUGGCAUUGUUCUUGUUCUGUUCCUCAUAUCGCUUUGGUUCACUUCAAGGCGGAACAGUGCCAAGUCCUCCCACAAACCCACCAUCCCGAAUGUGUCCAAAGAAAUCCAGGAAAUCAGAAUCGACCAUUCCCGAAACCCAGCGAACCCCAACCCUGACCCCAAGACUCAUCAUCCUCCAAAUGCGAACCCACUCCCUGAAUCGGACCCCUUUGCCGGGGCGGAGCGACUGCUUCAGCCGGGAGAGGAGAGUCCCGUGGGCCUUCAAAGAAUUCACAUUGAGAUUGGGAAAGAUCACCGGAUUUCGUACCCGGAACGCGGCGGCGGGUCGUCUCAUGGAAGUGGAGAGGCUCGGUCCGGUGAUCAGGUGACAAUUGCUGUGCCUGAGGUUUCGCAUUUGGGUUGGGGACAUUGGUACACUCUGAGAGAGCUUGAACUUUCGACCAAUGGGUUUGCUGAUGAAAACGUGAUAGGUGAAGGUGGGUAUGGGAUCGUUUACCGUGGUGUUUUGGAGGACAAUACACAGGUGGCUGUCAAGAAUUUGCUCAAUAACAGGGGACAAGCUGAGAAGGAGUUUAAGGUUGAAGUUGAAGCAAUUGGGCGUGUCAGGCAUAAGAACUUGGUGAGGCUGCUUGGUUACUGUGCUGAAGGAGCCCAUAGGAUGCUAGUUUAUGAGUAUGUUGACAAUGGGAACUUAGAACAGUGGCUUCAUGGAGAUGUGGGGCCUCACAGCCCUCUUACUUGGGACAUCCGAAUGAACAUUAUAAUUGGAACAGCCAAAGGGUUGACUUAUCUGCACGAGGGGCUUGAGCCUAAGGUCGUCCAUCGUGAUAUUAAGUCGAGCAACAUUUUGCUUGAUAAGCAGUGGAAUCCUAAAGUGUCUGACUUUGGCCUGGCGAAGCUCUUGGGCUCAGAGAGGAGUUAUGUCACAACUCGUGUGAUGGGAACAUUUGGCUAUGUAGCUCCAGAAUACGCUAGUACUGGCAUGUUGAAUGAAAGAAGUGAUGUAUACAGUUUUGGUAUUCUUCUUAUGGAGAUAAUUUCUGGGAGAAACCCAGUUGAUUAUAGCCGGCCUCCGGGAGAGGUGAACCUUGUUGAGUGGCUUAAAGCAAUGGUUACAAACCGGAAUGCAGAGGGUGUUUUGGAUCCCAAGAUACCUGAGAAGCCAUCUUCCAGGGCAUUGAAGCGUGCCCUUUUAGUGGCUUUGCGCUGCGUGGACCCAAAUGCCCAGAAGAGGCCAAAGAUGGGGCAUGUGAUUCAUAUGCUUGAAGCUGAUGAUUUCCCCUUCCGAGAUUUUCAGGAUCGUAGAGCUGGAAGGGAACAUGGGCGCGCACAGCGUGAUGGAAUGAAGGAUAGGUUUCUGGAGAAACGGAUGAUUGAAUCAGGUGACAGUAGUGGGUAUGAAAGUGGUGCUCAAAACAAUAGAUCCUUGUGGAAAAAGCCAGAAGAACUCGUAGAAGAGCAGUAGUUUCAUAUUACUCGUAUAGAAGGUGAAUUGACAUACGUCAUUAUUGUCAUUUUUUUCCUCCAUAGCUGAGUCUAUGCAAACAUCAUUUGGUUCGCCUGUAUAUGUGAUUUAUAUCAAUUUGAGUUUCACUUUUGUAGAUUAUGUAGCAUCUUGUGUCAUGCUCUGUAUAGCAUCAUAAAUGAAUUGUACCCCUGAAUUAUUGUUUUC